CUUUUCUAUAGUGCCAAUGCAAACUAGGCGAGAGACCGAGAGUCAAGGGGCGAACUGGGGAACAGGCUAAGCGGGCUUCCAAGCGCGUCUCGCAAAUACAUCAACGAUAGGGCGGGGGACUGGGGACUAGGGACUAGGGCGAACCCGUUUCGACUGCUGAGACUUUCUAGACUUUGCUGAACCGGUAAAUAGCCACUCUGCACAGUGCCUGUGCUUUUUGUGUAUGCAGUGUGGAAAUAAAAACCCUUUAAGGCCACAUUUGCGAACUGGACAGGAGGAAGGAGAAAUGGAGUUUCCAUUGGUUUCGGUGAGUCGCGCAUUUGGUCUCCGUCUCUGGUAAUGCCAGCGGUGUGGGGAUCUCCGUGCAGCUCUGGAAAACAGGGCGUCGGAGGAUGGUGGUAAUGAUAGGAUCAUCAUGGCAAACGGAACUGGUACUCUUAUGUUGAAAUGCGUUGUGGUUGGAGACGGUGCUGUGGGCAAAACGUGUCUGUUGAUGAGCUAUGCCAACGACGCCUUUCCAGAGGAGUAUGUGCCCACUGUGUUUGACCAUUAUGCAGUGAGUGUCAAUGUUGGCGGAAAGCAGUACUUAUUGGGACUGUAUGACACAGCUGGUCAGGAGGACUAUGACCGCUUGAGGCCUUUGUCGUACCCCAUGACCGAUGUCUUCCUCAUCUGCUUUUCUGUGGUCAACCCGGCUAGUUUCCAGAAUGUGAGGGAGGAGUGGGUCACCGAGCUGCAGGAGUAUGCCCCAAGUGUCCCCUACCUCCUCAUAGGCACUCAGAUUGACCUGCGUGAUGACCCCAAGACCAUUGCCAAACUGAAUGACAUGAAGGAAAAACCCAUCACCACAGAGCAGGGCCAGAAGCUAGCCAGGGAGAUUGGUGCGUGUGUCUACGUGGAAUGCUCGGCUCUCACCCAGAAAGGACUGAAAACUGUGUUUGAUGAGGCCAUUAUCGCUAUCCUGAACCCCAAGAGGAAAAAGGGAGUCUUGAAGAGAAGACUGGGGCCACGCUAUAUCAACUGCUGCCUCAUCACGUGAGAGAUGCAAACAUCCAAAAACACCUGGGUCGUAUUUAUUAGGGCAUGCAAUGGAAAAUGUUUUUAAACAUGUGAAAACGGAAACCAAAAACAAGCAUUUCUUAUUGGACAAGAUCAGGAAGCCCCACCCUGUUUCAGGCUGUUUUCUUCCAUUUGGUGCCUAAUGAAUACAAACCAGAACGAAUGACAGAGACCGCGGAGAGGACAUAAAAGGGGGGAGAGAGGCUGAAGGACCGACAUGGACAAGGACCCUAUUUUUAGUUCGGGGCUCUUGAGCGGUUUUGUGUCUCCUGCUGUCGACCAAUGGAGUUAGGGGGCAGCUUUACUACCAAAGGAGCACAAUACCCAAGUCAACAACGCCCUUCAGUAAGACUUUAUUUGCCUUUAUAAGUACUUUAAAAAAAACAUGCUGUAAGCUGUCAGAAAACCCAUAUAGGUAUCACGUGCCCAUUUAACUCCUAAUAUGACAUGUAUUUUUAAUAAUAUAUGCUGUAAUUAACGACUGGGUUGAUUGCAUUUAUUGAAGGCGCUUUUCCAUCAAGCCUCCAAGCGCUUUACAUUGUGUGUUUGAGUAACUCACCUCAGCCACAACCAAUGAAAUACUUUGUUUAAAAGAACAGGCUAUUCCCCUCAACUAUGGGGAGUUGUCUUUUUUUUCUUCUACUAAUCCCGUCUUUUAUAACAUUAUCUGCUCUUCUUGCUCAGUUUGCGGUGCUUGCAGUAUUAUUACUAAACUUGGACUUGAAUUAAUCAGUAACCCAAUGGUGGCCAAAUAAUUGAAUGCACACAGCUGCGUGGGAUACAGACUCUUUGGGGAGAGAGGCACACAACAUGAAGCACACUCCACAUACCUAUCCUUGUCCAAUAAAGCACAGUUAAAAGUCGAACCGCAAACCCCUACCAUUAGCAUUAUCGUGCUGACCAGAACAUACUGUGUGUUAAUGGCUGCAGAACCGGUCCAUCCCAAUUCAGCUCAUUUCGGCUUGGCUCAGUAGUGUGAAAAUUUUGUCAUUGAAGCACAGAACAUACCAUGGUUACAACAUCCACCCCCAAAAGGCCAAGGGGGUGCAUGCAUGAGCACAAUAAGCCUGCUCCAACCAUAUUCCAACCCCAGCCGUAUUCCAACCCCCUCUUCAGACACAUAAGCCUUCGCCAGCCGGAAGAUAUCUCUUAUUUUUUGUUGUUGCAGUUUUCUAUCCAUUGGGAAGGUGCUUGCCGACUGCCUGAUCUUAGGUUUUUUUUUAGGCCAGAGUUGGACUUGUUUUUUAAAGCUUUAAUGUAUAUGGUGCUCCUCUCUUUCUCAUUCUCUGUCCCAGCCUGCUGUGCUGUGUAGUGUUUUCCCUAGAAGAGCGGAGUGGAUUAUUGAGUGUUGACAUUCUCUAUUUACCAGGAAGUUGUGGCACAUGCUGCUACUGAGGUAAACUGAAUGGAUCUAUAGCGGUGCAGAAACAAGUGCAGCUUCUGGUUAAUCCUUUUCUCUACUCAAUAAAUGUGUUUUACUAUCUAAA